ACUUGUUUGAGCUUUCUUUUGCUGUUUUGUCGAUUAUAAUUAGCAUUAUACACCGUUGAAAUGGCAAAUAAGCCUUUGGAGGAGUUAAAAUCUGAUUACCUCAAUUGUCAGAUAUGUAUGGAGGACUGCGUAGACCCAAAAUUAUUGCAGUGUCUUCAUUUUUUCUGUGCAGAAUGCCUUGAAAAGUGGAAGCGAAAUAAGCGUAUCGAAUGCCCAACGUGUAGAGAGGUCACCCAGUUGAGAAAUGGUAAAAUAUCGAGCCUGAAGUCGAUGUUUUUCGUGACCAGUAUGAUUGAGUCAAUUAAGUCUAAGCUAGGAGGAGGUGGAGACUCGGUUGCUUCGGGAAGAAAGAAAAAAUAUACUGACGUGCGAUGCGAGGACCACGGUGAGCGUUUAAACUUUUACUGCAAGAAAUGCAAGAAGCCAGUGUGCCGAGAUUGUGUAACUUUAGAUCAUCCCCGGCCUUGGCACGUAUGUGAGAAUCUCCGUGAAGCUGCAGAAAAAGCUAGAAAAGAUAUAGAGCAAGGAAUUGGAAAGGUGGUGACAAUUCAAGAACAGCUGACAUUGGCAGAGAAUGAGCUUAAGGAAGUAGAAGAGAAUGUCAACUCAUCAACAGAAAUUGCACAGGUUGAGCUGAAGAAGGUGAAUGAUGAGAUGAUGGAAGCCAUCCAGAGUAAGCAUGAUGACAUCUUGGAAAAAAUUCAAGAUCUUGCCAACACUGAGAAGCAAACCAUCUCUGAAAAACAUUCAGAGAUUGCAGCGAGUAACGAAUCAUUGUCAAAGUUGACAGCAUAUCUAACUAACCUGCAGCUAAAUGGUGAAGAUUAUGAUCUCGCUCGCAGCCAUGGUGAUAUUUUGAAGAUAACUAAAGAGGUGACAUCAGCAGUUCAUAUCCCAAGUGCUCCGGAUGACCCUUGCCAUAAAUUCAAGCCAAACACAGUGUGCGUUGAGAGGGUGCAAGGGGAAUUCAUGACUUUGGGGUUAGUUGUAGAUCAGAAAACUGAAACCCCAGAUGUGAAAAUAGAAGUACGUGGACCAUCCCAAAUGCCGAAAGAACAACAGAAGUUCCUGAUCAGUACUAUUCGUGAGUCUUACACCCUAGAAGUCGAAGAGCAACCCCAUGCCACGUCGGAGACAUACAGACAAAUCAUGGCCGGUAAUCCUGGAGAAUCUUUGAAUUUCAAACGAGCCAACUAUAUUGGACAUAAGAUGGACAACAAGUAUGGACAGUUUUGGACAUGCGUUAUUGGUGACUUCACCUGUAGGUACCCAUUCAGUGAAAAUCUGGCAGAAAUUUUUACUGUCAAUGACAGUGAAAAGAUCCUAGUGUACAAGAAGCCAACAGGAAGUGGGUUGAUAAAUCUUGCAACAUUCGAACCUAAGGUGUUGAUGAGUAGUGGGGAUGAUGGAUUCGACACAAGAGUCUGUCAGCUUGUCAAACGUAUCAUCAAAAAUUGUACCACCGGUGAUGAGCUCUGUAGUCUUUUGCGAAUGAAGUUGAUUCAGUCAUUCUUUGGCAAGUGGAAUGUGAUAUUUGCAUGCAACUUUCAAGUUGAUGAUUCCUUUCUAGAAAGUUUGAGCAUUUUCCUGUGUUUGAAAAUUGCUGAUGAAAAAUUGUUCAUAUUCAAAAUGAAAAAUUAAUGAGCAUUUGAAUUUGUUUGGUCUGCUUUUCUGAAAAUGCGCCGCUGUGAAAAUCACGCAAUCUCUUAAACAUCAGCUCUUCUUCAAAAACUUCGACUGAUUUCACAACAAAAACCAUAACUCAAAAACUAGGUUUGACUCCGCUCAGUGCAUUAGCAUAGGACUUUGGCGAUGUAAACAUCUUUAAUACCCAUUCAGCCAAAUUUUGAUGACAUCAUCUUUGGUGACUAAUUUGGUGUAUUAAAGACCCCUCUAAUUAAAGACCACUUUUUUUAAAUUAUUCAAAUUAGAGACCAAAGCUGCUAAGACCAUGGAAACCCCGGUUCAAAAAAUGAUACACAGUAGCUAUACUGUUAUGUAAACUGUUAAAUAAGUUGCAAGCAUAAGUCAUACUAAUUUACUAAUUACAAUUAAAUAUAUAAAUAAGUGAAGUUAAAAAAAAUUAAGUUUAUUAUAUAAGUGUAGUUUAAUUUUGAAAUGCACUGUCGCACUAAGUAUGUGAUGAAAAUAUAUAAAAGAAACUACAGUACUGUAUUUUAGUAUAUAUAAAAUAUAUGAAAGUAAAAAAAAAAAAA